AUGACAGACCAAGAACAUGUUAUGGCCCACAGGCAGGGCCCACCGGACACCGAGAGGCUGGAGGAUCCACCAACGAGCCGCACUUUUCUGCAAGGGCUUGGACAUGUCAUUGUGACGUUCACAUCGGCUAUUUUCGCAUUUUUGUAUCUGUUUAUUUUGCUGAUUUGUGCCCAGAUCACCGCCGUGGGAGCACCGCGUACAAAGAGAGACCCCAAUGUCAAACUGACAAAGGCCCAGCGCGCGCUGCACCGCAAUCUCAAAUACUACAUCGAGCUCGCUGGAUUCGAACUUGAGUCGCACGACCUAUGGUCUCCAGACAACUUUCAGCUGGAUGUCACACGAAUUGUGUCACCACAGGCUGUGCUGGAUAACGAAAAGACCUCUAACUUGAAGCAACGCUACCCCGUUCUACUCCUCCCUGGCCUAAUGCAGCACGUUGGUGCCUACUGCUCGGCAGGCCCAGACGCCAUGGCCCUGAUGCUGCACCGGGCGGGAUUUGAUGUGUGGUUGGGCAAUACUCGCAGCAGCAUCAAGGUUCACAACCGCCAGUACAGUGAAAUGUCCCAUAAGACCUGGGACUGGUCAAUUGAGAAUAUGGCGCUGACCGAUGUCCCCGCGAUCAUCGAGUAUAUCAAGAAGCACACUGGCGCAGAGAAGAUCGCGGUUGUUGGCCACUCUCAAGGAACUACCCAGACAUUUAUGUGCUUGAGCAAGCAGGGGCGGCCCGAUGUUGGUCACUCUAUAUCUACUUUCUGUGCCCUUGCUCCGGCGGUAUUUGCAGGCCCGGCCAUCGACCGAUGGUUCUUGAAGCUCCUGCGUCGUCACAGGUGGGCGUAUCGCAGCAUGAUGGGUGAUCGUGCCUUUUUAGGAAUUAUGGGUGCCCUGAGAUCCAUCACUCCCCUCAAACUGUAUACCCACGCCGCGUACAAUAUGUUUUACUACAUGUUGAGCUGGUCCGACAAGCUGUGGGACCGGCACUAUCGCAACCGGUCUUUUAUCUUUACGCCGUCGGUUGUUAGCUCAAGCCUAAUGUUCUGGUGGCUGGGGAAAGGUGGGUUUGCCGAUACACGAUGUAUUUUCAAGAACCCCGAAAAGAACGAGUCGUGGUUUGACGAGCGGUUCCCCAAGGUUGGCCUGUUUACAUGCGGCCAAGAUAAUUUGUGUGACCCGGAGCCGCUGAAGCGACGGAUGGCGACCGUCGAAAGCCAUGUGCCGUACACGGUGUUUGACUAUCCAGACUAUGCGCAUCUAGACGUGAUGUGGGCCAAGGACGUUCCGGAGCGGGUCACGGCGCCCAUGGGUGCGUUUAUUUGGGAAAACCUCGACGACAAAGACCAUUGGCGCGAGCCUGUGUGGCCAACUGCUGGCAGUGUGCCCCCAGAGCCCGCGGUCAACCCUGCAACUAAAGAACCUGAUUACGAGGUCGUGCCUUAA